CGCGCGCUGAGCCCGCCCUCCCACGGGUGGCCGCGAGCUCGCGGGGCGGCAGGUGCCAGGAGCCGCGGCGGCCCCGCCCCCUGCCCCCUUUGUGAGGGCGGAGGCGUCGCGGCGGCAGCAGUCGGUCGAGCGGUCGCGGUUGCUGGGAGCCGUUGGUUUCGGGCCGUAAGGCUCUCGCUUCUCUUCCUGUGGGCGCCUGGGGCGGAGAGGAGAUACGAGCCUCCGGCGGUAUGAACCGGCCUCACCGCGGGGCCGCGGGCAGCCGGGGCCUCGGCACCAUGGAGGUGAAGAGUAAGUUUGGAGCAGAAUUUCGGCGGUUUUCUUUGGAGAGGUCCAAACCUGGGAAGUUUGAGGAGUUCUACGGAUUAUUGCAGCAUGUGCACAAGAUACCCAAUGUUGAUGUUCUAGUGGGAUAUACAGACGUUCAUGGAGAUCUGCUGCCUAUAAAUAACGAUGACAAUUAUCAUAAAGCAGUUUCCACAGCCAAUCCCCUACUCAGGAUUUUCAUUCAGAGAAAAGAAGAUGCAGACUACAGUGCCUUUGGUACCGAUACUAUGACAAAGAAGAAAAAUGUCUUAACAAAUGUGUUGCGUCCAGAUAAUCACAGGAAGAAACCACACAUUGUCAUUAGCAUGCCACAAGACUUCAGACCAGUGUCGUCCAUUAUAGAUGUAGAUAUUCUUCCAGAAACCCAUCGCAGAGUACGACUCUACAAAUAUGGAACUGACAAGCCCCUUGGAUUCUAUAUACGAGAUGGCUCUAGUGUCAGAGUAACGCCACAUGGAUUAGAAAAAGUUCCAGGAAUUUUCAUAUCCAGGCUUGUCCCUGGAGGCCUGGCUCAAAGCACAGGCUUACUGGCUGUCAAUGAUGAAGUACUGGAGGUGAAUGGAAUAGAAGUUUCAGGAAAAAGCCUUGAUCAAGUUACAGACAUGAUGAUUGCAAACAGCCGUAACCUGAUCAUUACAGUCAGACCAGCAAACCAGAGAAAUAAUGUUGUGAGGAACAGUCGGAAUUCUGGCAGCUCUGGUCAGUCUACUGAAUCUAGUCUUCCAAGUAGCACGCCAAAUAUGUUAGCAAAUUUCUUGCAAGGAGAAGAAGAGAGUGACGAAGAGGAUGUUAUUAUUGAAGAUAGUGGUGAGCCACAGCAAAUUCCAAAAGCUGCACCUACCAGCCUAGAAUCAUUGACGCAGAUUGACCUCCACGAGCCAACACAAAACGGCUUCCUUCCUUCCAGUGACAUGAACUUGAAUCACUCAGAAUGCAGCAUUAGCAUGGAAUAUGAAGUACAAGACCCUGAUCAUAAGUCAUUAGAAGAAGAUGGAACUAUAAUAACACUAUGAAAUUACUUUGUACUUUGUACUGAGCAAGGAUGCUAUACAUUGUUUUGAUUUGGCAUAAUAUGUAAUAUGUUUUAUACCUCUCCAUCUACUGUGCACUGCAAUUUGCUUAAAAGGAGGAAAAGAAAGUAAACGUAAGAAAUUCAAAGUGAUGUAAGUUGACUGACUUAGUUAACUCUGCACUUCCGUGUAAAUACUUCACAAAUAUAAAAAAAAAAAGUUGAUAACUGACAGAAAUUUAAAUCGAAGGUGAAGGAUAGCUAAGAGAUGGCUUUGAGCUUUCUCUUAAUGGUACUUUUGUUUUUUUAUGCAAAAUAGUACUGGUUCUAUGGAAUUCAACUUCCAUUAAUGUCUGAGGUUGAUUUCCUAAUGUGCUGUGGUUUCAUAUUCAACUGAAGUGCUGCUUCGAUAUGAUGGAGCUGCUUUAGUCAGUUCUGACCUCUUCUAGUCUGCAGUUUCUCUGAUAGAGCUGUUUGUGGGGCUCUGUGUAUGAGAAAACAAAAAUAAGCAGGAGGUGGGUAGGAAAGAGGUACUCUUGGUUGGUCUAAUUGCUGAUUCAUGGAGCAACAGCAGUAUGUGAGGAGUUCAGCAGCUUGUCAUCCUCAGUUAGAUAGGGCCUUCUGAAGCUGACUAUUCGUUGUGAGUGUGCAACCACAGGCUCAUUAGUCAUGCACCUGUAUUGUUUUUAAUUUGCCUUUGAUCACAAGGUUCAUUUACUUUCAAUUACGCUAUGAUUUUUACAUUCAAAUGUGAAGCUUUUAACACUUCUGUAUCUCAGAUCUGUUCUCAUUUUAAUUUGCAAUAUUUAGGACGUCAUCAAAUGUAGUUGCUAAUCUCAGUGAAUACUAAAGAAAUCAAAUGUAAACUUAAUGCCAUGGAAAUAACGUUACAUAAUCCAUGUUUUAAGAAACAAAAAACAAACAGUCCUAGAAGCCAUGAAGAUUUCUGCUAGCAAAAGCUUGUUGUGAGUCUAAAUGAUGUGAAAAAUGACUUUCUUCAUACCUAGACAUUUAAAGCAGUUUAAAUUGACUUAAAUCCCUGUAUUUAGAAAGAAGCUUGAAAUCAGGAUGAGGCUUUAAUAGAAGUUAUUUGAGCAGUAUGAUAUCAAAACUAUUCAUUCUAAUGAACUGUAAAUGCUGAUCUUCCUGUGCACCACUGGCUGUUUUGAAUAUUAUAAAGCUGCUGUAUAUAAAGCAAAAUACUGAUGACAAGUCCUGAUACUGCAAAAGCACAAGCAAACAAAUUUCCUAGGGGAAAGGCAGGGAGAGGCUUCUAGGGUUUUCUCUCCCCUUUUUAGGAUCUUCUGUUUUACCACCUGGCACUCUGUUCCCUAUCUGACUCUAUGCUGGGAACAUAACUUGUUGCAGGAAAAUUAGAUGGAAACCAGUAAAGUUGGGAAGAAGGUGAAUGGAGCUUCUCGGCAGGGAUCCAGCAGUCUAAAUCAACCUGUGAGAAGGCAGUAGGAUCUGACCAGUUCUGUACUGUGGUACUGUGCUUCCAGAUGCUUGGAAGCGUGUUCUGCCCUGUGGGGAGAGAUGUAACAAGCAGGAAGAGACAAACUUUCUUUUUUUUUUUUUUCCCCCAAAUCUACUUUGGGGAAACAUCUACCUCUACUUUACUAACGUGGGGCUAACUAGAAGUUUAGUAUUAAGGCAUCUGCACAAGGGUUCAUAGUGUACCAGAGGCUAAAAGUGUAUCUGAUUAAGCUUUUUGUAAUAUAAACAAAAUUGCUUCAGUUAUUAGUGACAUUAAAUUUUAAUGCAUUUAAAUUUGAAAUAAAUAAUCUUAACAUUGGAGUUAAAAUCUCACGGGCAUUGAAGUGUUUUACUUAUUUUUGCUAAUUAUUGAUAUGAAGUAACUAUAUCCACUUAGUGUGAAAUGAGGAAAAUAAAUCUUCAUUUUGCAAUAUGUAAAUUUCAAUAACACAUUUUCUGACAGUGCUGCUCUAUGCUUCCUUUACUGAAGGAAGAUUGUUUACUUUAAAGUAUCUUCUUCCUUUAUCACAGACUUUCCUUCCUAUAUGAAAUCAUCAGCUGAUGGUGACUUUCAUUUAUUAUGCUAGUUUGCACUUCUGUGCCUUUUGUUUACUUGAAUGUAUUGUGAAUAAUUAAAGGAGUAAAGGCACUUGGACGAGAAGAGAAUGAGGUCCAUGGAUACAGAAGAUGAACUGGUAGCACGCUCAGUGCAGGUAAUGUUCUCAUUCGGAGGAAAUAUGCUCUGAGUGCUGUGCUGCGUUAGUAUUUUGCAGCUUGGAUGCAAGAUGAGCUGCUAAUUUAUGCAGGAGGGUUGAUUCUGAGAAUGCGAAUUGCAGGAUGUUACAAGGUAGCUUACUGCUGAAGAACAAAUGCCCAAAGUUAGUGUGAUGCCAAACUCCCAAGCGUUACCCAAUUUAUACUUUAACAGAUGCAUGAAUAUGUUGGAUAUAUGCUGGUAUGAAGAAUUUAUAGAAAUUUAACUAGGGUCCCACUAUAAAUUGCAUGGAAGUUCAUCUCUUAGGACCUUUUCUGCAAUUCUGUAAACUAAUUGAUCUGAAUAAGUGAGAUAAUACUCUUGAUGAGUAGUAUUCUGCUUUACAGAAACUUGAUAACAUACGUAGCAAAACUAUUUGGGAUCAAGUAUUUGGGACUUGAUUUAAAAAAACACUAACGUAUACAUACUAAAAACUGAUUUUUAGAUUUAUUUAUGGUUACAGAGACGGGCUGCGCAGCGUGUAAUUGCUAAAUGCUGCAGUGACUAUGAAGUUUCUAAAGCUCUUCCAUAUCUUACUAAUGCAUACACUGUUAAUUACAAAAUAUUUUUAAAUUGUUACUUCAGGAUGAUCAAUGGUUGAUUAUGAAUGGCUGAACUUUAUAUAAUGGUACUAAUGUUCAGUAUGGGGUUUUUAAAAUAUGCUGAUAUCGUUAGCCUUUCAUUCACUACCUCCUAAAUUUUCAGCAUCUUUAUAAUUUUCUCCUUGGAAGAAAGUGCUUCAAGGCUUGACUGUUUCAUACAGAUUUUUAUCUUUAGCUGAAAGAAAUCCAGAUGUGAUAGUGAGGUUGCUGUGCAUGAUUGACAAAAUUAAGCUGCUAUUAAUGUAAUCUUGUGUAUUAAGUAUCCUGUAUAUGUAAACUGUAUUUUCAACUCAGAUUUUAUAAAUUAAUUUAUAAAUACCCAAAUUACGUCAAAAUGGAGCAGAAAACUAAAGUUCCUCUUGAGUGUUAUAUGUUGUAUACAUGCGUGGGGGGAGUCCGUCCUUCAUUGCAUCUGGGAGAUAAGUGCACCUUACUGGGAGAAACAAGCAAAUUCUUCAUAGAACUAAGAUGCAUUUACUUUGAAGUUCUGCUCUGGUACUGGAUAAGUCAAGCCUAACUGUGAAUCAUGUUUUUCCACAGCUGAAUUAAAUUUAGGGCAAUGUUCUCACAACCUGUCUUUAACACGUGUAUUUUUGUGAAUAUUAUGUAUUUUCUAAUUAAAUUUUACUUGGAAUGUGAUUUUUACAUGAAUGAACUUGUUUAAAAUGUCAAAUAUCAGUAUUUUUCUUACAACUUCAAUGUAUAAUGUACAUUGUUAGCUCACUGAAUGAAGAUUGAUUUUAUGAAUCUAGCUAGCUGUAGCUGUAUAUUAGUCUUAUAUUUUUACAGACUGGAAUAAUAAAUGGAUACAGAAAUAAAA